AUGUACUAUGCAUGCAUGAAACAGGAACUGCCUAAAAAGUUUGUCAACAAGUUUGGAACGGAACUUGGCGACGUAGCGUUCGCUGUGGUACCCAAUGGUACAAUAUGGCGUAUCGAAUUGAAGAAAACUAAGACUAUGAUAUGGUUCGAGAAUGGAUGGGACAAAUUCAUGGAUUAUUACUCGAUAAGUGUUGGUCAUUUACUUGUUUUUAAAUACGAAGGAAAUUCUGUUUUCCAUGUUAUCAUAUUUGAUAUGAGUGCUACUGAAAUUGAGUAUCCAUUUCUGACAGUUAAAGUCGCCACUGACACUGAACGUGAAAGCAGUGACAAUGAGCAAACAACAGACAGUCAAAGACCUCGGAGUUUAUUCUCUGAACAAUCCAUGAACCAGACAAAUGGAAGAGCACUUGAAGCAGCAAAAGCAUUCAAAUCCAAAAAUCCUGUCUGCCUAAUUGUUAUGCGACCUACUCAUUUGUAUAAUGGACCUGUGAAUGUACCAAUACAUUUUGCCAGGAAAUACUUGAUUGGGAAAACACGAAGCGUCAUUCUCAGUGUUAAACAAAGAACGUGGUCAGUGGGGUUGUAUUCGGUCUCCAUUGUUGGUAAUUGCUAUGGUAGGCUUACCUCGGGAUGGAGUAACUUCGCCUCUGACAAUCAUCUGAAAGAUGGUGAUGUCUGUGUAUUCGAUUUCUUCAUUAUCUUGUCUCCCAAAGGUGCUGCUGCAUCUUCUUCUAUCAAAACUCUCGAGGAGUUUCCAGAUGUUGAUUCUUCCCCUGAUCCUGUUAUUCUUGCUAUCCAAGACAUGGAACUGAACUACCGGUGGCUUGGUUCGGAUCCUUGGUCUGCUGAUAAGGUGAUAAUCUCUCUAGGUCAAUUGAGAGCGGGACUAUCUUUCCCUUUGUAUGAUCCUUAA